AUGAACAACCUGGCGUCAACGUACUACAGACAAGGACGAUGGGAUAAGGCAGAAGAGCUACAGUUGCAAGUACUAGAGAAGCGCAGGAUAGAGCUAGGAGACAACCAUCUAGAUACGCUGAGAAGCAUGGGCAACCUGGCGUCAACGUACUACAAACAAGGACGGUGGGAUAAGGCAGAAGAGCUAGAGUUGCAAGUACUAGAGAAGCACAGGAUAGAGCUAGGAGACAACCAUGUAGAUACGCUAACGAGCAUGAACAACCUGGCGUCAACGUACUACAAACAAGGACGAUGGGAUAAGGCAGAAGAGCUAGUGUUGCAAGUACUAGAGAAGCACAGGAUAGAGCUAGGAGACAACCAUCUAGAUACGCUGAUGAGCAUGGGCAACCUGGCGUCAACGUACUCUAAACAAGGACGAUGGGAUGAGGCAGAGGAGCUGUUUCGCGAGACGCUAGCGUUACAAGAAAAGGCUCUCGGGAAAGAUCACCUGGACACUCUGGACAGUAUCAGUUGGAUUGCCUUCAUCUUGGAAGAACAGCACCGCUACCAGGAAUCUUUGGCCUUCUACGAACGCGCUUUGAAUGGCUUUGAGACUACACUUGGACCAGAGCAUUCAACAACGCAAGCUUGUGCCGAAGACAUUGCAUCUGUGCAGAAGAUAAUGAACAACAAAGCAGACACAAGUCUAUCAUCAUCUACCGAGGAUAUAUCUUCAGAGGAGCUGGAUAUGAGCGAGCUUGUUGCACGACUGGAGCAGCUUACGUUGAGUGGGUGA